CUCUCUCGCUUUCUCCACCAUGGAGCAGGUUAUUGAGUCGCUGGCCGAGUCCAUCUCGCAGCUUACGUCGUAUGUGCUCUCGCUUGCCGAGGCUAAUGCGGAGCCGCCGCCGAACCUGCCGGAGAACGGGUCGAACGUGACCAAGGUGGCGAACAUUCUGGUGCAGGUCGCGCACCAGACGGCAACGGCGUUUAAGGACUACCCGGACGUGCAGGCUGAGAUCGACUCGGAGGCUGACAAGGUCGGGCAGUUUGUGACGAACCUCGGUGACGCGCUCAACAACAUUGUGGUUGCCGCCGAUCGUGCUGGGGCGUACAAGACGCUACUGGGCGCGUGCAAGGCUAUUGCCACGGGCACGUGCUACCUGCUCAUUCUGGUGUACGGUGCGCGGACCAAGGCGAUUCUCAUCAAGGCGCAGCAGGCCAAGUCGUCGCUCGCCGACUACCGCACGCACGUAGUCAAGGACGCGCCAUCCAACGAGCUGGUCACCGGCGUGCAGGACAUCACCAACGAGAUGGGCUAUCUCGCAGCACUGGUUGCUGCUGCUGCAAAGGAGGCGACUGACGAGGACCAGAAGGCUAUGCUGGCGGGUCACACCCAGAAGAUUGCCGGCUCGCGGCAGAACUCGAUCAACGUGGCCAACGGGUGGCUGCAGGCGCCGGCUGACGAGGCCGCGCAUGCUGCGCUUAAGCAGGACUGCGACGACCUCGAGGCUCUCAUCGACGCGCUCAUUGCGGACCUGACACCCGAUUCGGAGACGGAUGCCAACGCGCAGCUGCUGGCGGUUUUCCAGGGCGCGCAGGCGAACCAGAACGAGCGCGACCGGGCCGCCAAGGCCAACGAGGCUGCCGCCCGCGACCUCAACGCGACCGGCAACCAGGGCCUUGCUGCGGGCAACCGCGUGUCGGAGAACGAGAAGCCACUGAUGACUGCUGCCGGCGAGCUCGGCAAGUCGGCUGCCAAGCUCGUCAACGAGCUCAAGUCGAACCCGGACGCGUUUGGGCCCAACGCCGAGGACUUUAAGGCCAAGCGCGAUCAGUUCCGUGACGCCGGUGCGACGGCCAUUGCCGGCGAGGACGACGACGCAAACCGAGCGGCCAUCGAGUCUGGUGUCGGUGCCGUCGAGGCUGCAGGCGCGCGCCUCGAGGCCGCCACUGCGGCGUCGAAUGCCGACCCGACGUCCGAGGCCGCCAACACCGAGGUCACCGAGGCCUCCAAGGAGCUUCAGGACGCACUCGACGCGCUCAUCCGCGACGCCAUCAAGCGUGAGGAAGAUGCGGAGCGCCAGCGUCGCGAGGCCGCGGCUGCGGCCGAGGCUGCGGCUGCUGCCGCCCGCGCCGAGCAAGAGGCUGACGCCCAUGCGGCGAUCGGUCCGGCUGCAGCUGCUGCCCGCGACGCCGCCAACAUGCAGGGCGCCAACUCUGCGGCGGCCGACCUUCUCAACGCAGCGGCCAAGCUCCUUGCCGACGCCGACCAGUCGGUUGCGGACGCGCACCACAACCCGGCGGCCGUCCCGCAGGAUGUUGCCACCAUGGAGGCCGACACGGCCGACUUUAACGACAAGGGCGCGCUGGCUGCUGCCGGCGCGACCAAGGUCAACCCUGCCGACGGUGACGCGCUGUCGGCUGCGGUGGCUGCGGUGGCUGCGGCGGCCGACGCGCACAACGCGGCGGCUUCGGCGGCGGCGGCCGACCCCAAGUCGACCGACGCGUCGAACGAGCUGACCAACGCGACUCAGUCGCUUACCGAUGCUGUCGACUCGCUCGGCGCGGAGAUGGAGAAGCAGCGCGCGGCUGCGGCUAAGCGUGGGCUUGACGCAGCGGCGUCAGCGGCCGAGGCCGAGGCCAGCUCGGAGCCCGAGGGCUCGGCGCUCAAGGACUUCCUCGACGCCGGCGCGGCGCUGGGCAACACGGCGCCGUCGGCGAUCGACGCUGCGCAGGCUGGCGACGCCAGCGCGGCAGCCGACGCUGCUGCAGGCGUGCAGAACGGUGUCCAGGCCAUUGUCGCCGCGGCCAAGGCUGCGGCGGCUGAUGCCGACUCGCCCGAAGAGCGACGCCAGGUGGUGGCGGCGUCGGCGACGGUCUCGAACGCCGGCUCCAAGCUUGCGGACGCGACCAAGGCUGCCGGCAACACGGCACCGGGCACGGCUGAGCAUACCAAGGCGCUCGCGGCGGUCAACGAGGCGGCCGAGGAGCUUGCGGCGGGCAUCAACGAGCUCGCGGCGGCCGGCGCCGACAAGCACUACCGCGAGGCGCGCGAUGCGCUUGAGCACGCGGCCAAGCGUGCUCAGGCUGCGGCGGACGACGCGACGCAGCACCACGAGCGUUCGCUGCUCAACGGGGCGGCGACGAUUGCGUCGGACUCGGGUUCAAUCCUGGACGCGUCGCACGGUGAGUCGUCGCCCGAGGCGGCGGCGCAGCUUGACGCGGACACCAAGGCGCUCAACAAGGAGGUUGUGGCGUUUGUCAACGCCGGCAAGGCUGCGGCGUCCGAGGUGACUGACCCGGACGAGGCUGCCAAGCUCAAGCACAACGUCAAGAGCGUGGCCAAGGACGCGGCGCUGGUGCUCAAGGCCCAGGGUGCGGCGGUGGCGGCGGCGGCGACUGCGGCCAACGCGCCGGGUACCGAGGGCGACGCCGCGGCGCUUGCGGCCAAGAACGAGGUCAACCAGAAGAUGAAGGACCUCGCGCAGGCGAUCGAGGACAUGGCCGCCGACGCCGAGGCCAAGCGCCAGGCCGAGGCCAUUCGCCGCGCCACCAAGGCGCGGACCCAGGGCCACGGCGAGGAGCUGCUCGGCCUCCGUGAGGCUAUCCAGGCUGCCGGCGCGGCGGGCGACUCGGCUAACGCUGCCGACUCGUCGUCCAAGAUGCGCGAGGCCAUCGAGGAGCUUGCGGACAUCUCGCCCGACUACCAGCGCAAGGCUGCACUCCGCGACGCGGCGGCCAAGCUUGGCGAGGCUGGCGCAUCGGGCGACGCGGCGGCGAUGGCAACCGCGGCCAACACGGCGCUUGCCACGGCGGCGACCGACGCGGCGGCGGCGGAUCUCGGCGACGAGGCGGCCAAGGCUGGCAACGCGGCUGACGCUGCGGGCGCUAGCACGCCAAUCGGCAAGCUGCUGGAUGCGGCCAAGAACGUGGCCAAGUCGGGCGCAAACCUUGCGUCAGACGCCAAGUCGCACCCGGAGAACGUGCCUGCUGACGUGGCGGCGCUGGAGAACGCCAACGGCGUGCUCGACGCGGCGGCCGAGGUCGCACGCGACGCACUCGCCGCCGGCGAAGUCGACGCGGCGGUUGUGGCCGAGGACCUUGCGGCCGUCCACGCGGCGUCGGACGCGCUUGCGGCUGCGGCCACGGCGCUGGCCAACGGCGCCACGGACGACCCGGCGCUCAACGAGGACGUGCUCCGCAAGGGCAUUGCGCUUCAGGAGGCGGUGGACAAGCUCGUUGACGACGUGCGGCCGAAGAAGUCUGCGCUCGAGGAGCUCAACGACAACGCUGACAACCUGCUCGCGGCGCUCGACAAGCUCGAGGGCUGCGUCGACCGCAAGGACGGUGCCGGCGCCGACCCGGCGACGAGCGCGGUGGUGGAGGCUGCCAAGGCGCUGGGCGUGAACCUCGACGAUCUCGGGCUGACGGAUGCGGCGGCGGCAGUGAACGACGGCUCUGCAGCGGUUCUCGCGUCGUCGCUCCCGUGGCAGGCCGACGUCAACGAUGCGGCCAAGACCGAUGCGGUCAAGGCGGCGAUCGACCAGCUGCGCAAGGCGGCGAACGACGGGCGCCGCGCCGGGAUGGGCGAGGCUGCCGGGCGCGACCUUGACAGCACUGGCGCACACGCCGACGAGCUCGCGGCCGAUGCUGCGGGCGCGCUGCCCGCCGAGGAGUCGCGGCUGCUCGACGCCAUCAAGGCGACGGCGGCGUCGGCCAAGACCUUGGUCAACGACGUGUCGGCGAACCCGGGGAGUGUCGACGCCGACGCGGCCGACCUCGACUCGAAGGUCGACACGCUCGGCGGCGCAGUCGACGAUGUGCUGGCCAUCCUGGACAACCAGGGCGACAAGUCGCGGCUGCAGCAGUCGAUGCCGGUGGUUCGCUCGGCGGCGGCUGGGCUCAACGAGGCGGCCAAGGCGUCUGCGGCAAACCCAGACGACGCCGAGGCGGCGAAGCAGACGGCGGCCAUGGCCAAGGCGCUCAACGACGCGCUGGAGAACAUGAUCCGCGACGCGCGCGACCGCGCGCUGCACGCUGCCGACGCCGCCAACGCGCAGGCGCAGGACACGCUUGGUGCGCUCGGCCCGGCGGCGGACACGCUCAAGGACGGCGCGACGCCGGAGCAGAUUGCGCUCCUCGACGCGACGGCUGCAGCGGCCGACCAGGCUGCAGGCCUGGUCGCCGACCACGCUGCGGGCGGUGCUGGCCUCGACGGAGCGGUCGCUGAGCUGGAGGCUGCCGCGGGCCCUGCGGCGGGUGCGGCUGAUUCGGCUGCGGCGACCGAGGUUCCGCGGGUGGUCGGCGGCGCCAAGGAUGCGGCGACGAGCCUGGCGACGACGGCGGCGGCGGCCGAGGCGGCGCCAACGUCGGUGGCUGCAGCUGCAGCUGCGGCGGGCGCGGCGGGCGAGACUGCCGAUGCGCUCCGCGACGUUCUGGGCGAGGUUGUGCGCCAGCAGCGUGCUGCGGCCGAGGCCGCGCUCCGCGACGAGGCUGCGGCAUCGGGCGCUGCGGCGAGCUCGGUUUCGGAAGCGGACGCACCGCUGAUGGAGGCCAACUCGGAGGUGGCGACCAAGGCUGCGGACCUGCUUGCGGAGAUCACGUCGAACCCGAGUGGUGUGGAGGAGGCAGCCAAGGCUGUGUCCAAGGCGCUUGCGGCGUCAAACGCGGCCAACAACGAGCCGAACGACGCGGUCGACGACGCCGCGUCCGAGCUGUUGACGGCGGCCAAGAAGGUGGCUAUGUCGCCGAACAACGUCGAAGCCGCAGCUGGAGUGGUCAAGUCGGGCAAGGCGCUGGCGGAGGCGCUGGCAGCGAGCCGCGAGUCCAAGCUUGCGGCCGCGGCUGCGGCGUCGGCUGCUGCGCUGGAGGACAUCAAGAAGCGGCUGGACGACGCGGCGGCAGCGAUCGGGACCGAGCCUGCGGGCGCGGUGGCCGCGGCUGGUGGCGCGGCGCUGGGCGGAGCCGGCGGCGACGGCGCGGUGGCCGCAGCUGCGGCUGCGCUUGGCGCGGACCUCCGGGCUUCUGGCGAUAACCCGGCACUGGUCAACCUGCUUGGUGAGCUCGACUCUGCCGCGGGCGCGCUUGACAGUGCGAGCAACAACGCCGAGCGCGAGGAGGCCGGGUCGCGGCUUGCGGCUGCGAUGGAGGGCCUCGCCGGGUGGAACACGCAGCGCGAGUCGGACGCGGCGCGUGACGCCCUCAACGCGGCGCUCUUUGACCUCGCUGGGUUUGACAUCGACGGGCUUGGCGACCUGCUGGGCCUGGCCGGCGACCUCGGGCGUGCGCUCGGCGACCUGGUGGGCAACCUGCCCGGGAUGAACCUCGCGGAUGCGCAGGCCGGCGCUGAUGGCAUCGACGGCCUGGCCGGCGACCUCAAGGCCGAGUCGCGGGUGGUGCAGCUGGAGAAGAUCAAGGACAAGGACCUCAAGAACAUUGUGGCCGACGCGGUGCGGGCGAUGGUCAAGGCGGCGUCAGCUGAGUCGUCGGCGGCGCGCGAGCAGGACGUACCGCAGUCUGCGGCGGCCGGGCAUAAGAUGGCCAAGGCCAUGGCCAAGUUUGCCGAGGAUCUCAAGGCGUGGCGCGAGGCCAACGCUGGCGGCGGCGAGGCCGACGCAGCUGGCGCCAUCCAGGACAUGGCAGCGAACCUCAAGUCGCACGCGCAGGAGUUUACCGGCGAGCAGGCGUCGGACCCGGCGGUGCUCGCAGGGCUCGAGCUGGCCGAUCUCAUGGCAAAGCUCGCCAAGGCUGCCAAGGAGGGCAAGGGCUCGGAGAUCAUUGCCGUGGCCAAGGCCAUCUGCGUCCUCGCCAAGAAGAUCGCCAAGGACGCCAUCGGCAUCGGCAAGACGUGCAAGGGCAACGCCCAGCGCGGCAUUCAGGAGAUGGGCUCGACCAUCUGUGGCGCCGCCACCGCUCUCGACACCUUCUCUACCCAGCUCAAGAUCAUCUCCAUCUCCAAGGCUGCCAUCGCCGCCUCAAACGAGGUGGAUGACGCUGCCGAGUCGCAGCUCAUUGCCGUGUGCAUGGGCAUCCAGCGCUCAGUCAUGACCGCCAUGGAUGGUGUCGUCUCGGCCCGUCUUGUCAAGUAG